GUUUAUGGCUCGGUGGCCCCGCUUCCGGGUUCGCUUGCGGUUGCCAGGGGAGGCCUGGGCCGCGGCAUAGCAACGGCGAUCGGAGGGACGCUUUGUGAAGUCGGAGACCGAUGCAGACUACCCCGGGCUGCGGGUUUUGAGCACGACUUCUCGGCUGGUUCUCCUGAAUCCACACUAUAUGUUCUGUUUUGCACAAUAUUGAUUGCUGUUACUUGAAGAGAAAGAGUCAUGGCAGAUCCUGGAGAGGGCAAGAAGGAUGAGGCUGACUACAAGAGGAUGCACAGCUUCCCAUUAAUACGGCACACGGACAUGCCAGAAGAGAUGCGAGUAGAAACCAUGGAGCUCUGUGUUACAGCCUGUGAAAAGUUUGCCAGUAAUAAUGAGAGUGCAGCGAAGAUGAUUAAAGAGACAAUGGACAAGAAGUUUGGGUCCUCGUGGCAUGUGGUGAUUGGAGAAGGCUUUGGAUUUGAGAUCACUCAUGAAGUCAAGAACCUUCUAUACAUGUUUUUUGGGGGCAGCCUGGCUAUUUGUGUCUGGAAGUGUUCAUGAGGGACCUUGGUCAGGUUUGCCUUCUCCUUCCACUUCUUUUCUUCUACUCAGGAUGUGCUGCUACAAGGCCUCGCUCAGGAAAGAGUCUCCAGCCAGGCUCUCUAUUUAUCUUUGGGGUGUCUGGGAGUCACCUCGUAACCCGUUGGGAAUCAGAAGGGUUUGCAAUAGAUUUGCAGGCACCUACACCGUGGAUUGUUUUUAACUAUACAAGAAGGGGACUAGAUCGGCUUUUGCAAUACGUUCCUAAUUAGACGCUUCAGAGCUUUUCAACAAUCAGUUACACCAAAUGAAGAAUAGGAACAGCUGUCAAACACCUUUUUCUGAACCCCUGACCCUCAGAGGCUUUUGUAACCAGUAAUAAUGUAUGCACAGGGUUUUACCGUCCAACUGGCACCGCAGCUCUGGUUUCCCAAAUAUAUUUUAUGAUCACUCUCAUUCCUCAUCUUCUUUUCCCUCUACGUCUUACAAGAACAUUUCUUUCAUUAGCUAUUUCUUUGACACUCUGGCCUCUUGUAAUUCUCAAUCUCACACGUCCUAUCAUGUAUGAGUCAUUCCUUCCCGCUCCUCUUCACAAGCCGGCUUACCAUCUUCCCUUGGAGAAUAAUUUUUAACAUAUGUUUCGUCACAUCGAGAAUUUUGCUAUUAAUUCUCAAACACUACACAUAAAGUAGACCUGUCAUCCGUACAUUUAUAGAGAAUACCCUCAUGUAAUGGAGAAAAGUGUCUGAUCUCAGAAACAGAAGCUUUGUGCUCAUAUGUUACAUUGACGGCAGGCGGUGUAUUUGCAUUGAACAUGUAAUAGAUGUGACAGAUGGUGAGGUUCUGGAAUUGUGUACCAGUUAAGUAUUGUAUUAGGGUAGCUAUUGAUUUUGCAAGUAACGUGUUAAAAAGGGUUCAGAAAUAUCUGGGUUGAUUGGCUGGGUUUCUCUAUUCAUCAUAGCUGCAUUCACCUGAGUGACAUGUACACACACAGAUAGAUCUAUAUAUUUGUGCAAUAUAUUUUUAAUCUGCAUGUGAUCAUAUAUGAAUUUCCAUCUCUCCAUUCUAUUUCUCACUCCCCCUCACCUCCCGUUUGUCCAUUUGACGUAGACAUGCAACAUAGACUAUCCACAAGCCAUAAAUAAUAGAUCAGGAGAUUAGGAUACCACAGAGAAGCCUGCCAGCUACCAGUCCUUAAUUCCUCUCGUUCAGUGGCAGAAACGUGAAGCCAUGUUUCUUGGAAGGAUUUUAUACUCUGUUGGAACUUCAAGUAUGCUGUUUUUUAUGUUACCUCUGGUUCUAAAACUGUUUACUCUACUUGUCAUUAAUAAACUUCCUUGGAUUUUUUACAGAAAA